AUGGCAUCUUCAGCUCCUGUCACUCUAUCGGCGAGGAGAAAGGAGGCACUUAGUAAUGCGACAAUCCAGAUUAUCCAAGAACUUGGCGAUAACCCUGAUCCCCACCAAUUUCAAGAAGCAUUCAAGAGACUGAAGGAGAUCGUCAAACUCUCCAAAAAAAACCGAGACCAUCUAGACGAUGUUGUAGACAUGUUUGGUCUUGACUACCGGAGGGGCAAUGGCAAGUAUUGGUGGCCAUUUCCAGAUAUCGCUGACAUCACUCCUUCACCGGAGAUCGAAACGGUCUUAUGCGAGAUGAGAGAUGCAGGUUUCUGGAGAGCAGGCUCUACCGAGGCAUUGUGUAGGACAUACAUUGACCUUGUCCUCUUUGACCCCCUCAAAGUCCAUCAGCAUAGUCUUGCUGUAAGGAACUUGUCUCUACGUGGUGAGUACCGUGUCGACACCCAAUCUCUCGGCGAGCAGCAAGUCGUCGGCUUCGCCGAUUAC